CGCAGCACUGCUAGAAUUAUCUGGGUUUAACGCGGGAAAGAAGAGCACGACGCAUUUGCACUAAAUAUUAACAUAGUUGCAAUUGUUACAUUGAUAUAAAAAGACUGCAACAUGGUAGAGCGGAUUGAAGACUUAAAUCUACCUAAUGCUGUGAUUGCCCGAUUAAUUAAAGAAGCCUUACCGGAGGGUUCCAAUGUAAGCAAAGAGGCGCGUGCCGCAAUCGCGAAAGCAGCGUCUGUUUUCGCAAUAUUUAUAACUUCGUCCUCGACGGCAUUGGCGCACAAGCAGAACCACAGGACCAUUACAGCCAAGGAUAUUCUGCAAACACUCAACGAACUGGACUUUGAAAGCUUUGUGCCGUCCUUAACACAAGACUUGGAGGUCUAUAGAAAGAUGGUAAGGGACAAGAAGGAGAGCAAGGCCAAAAAGGAUAGCAGCGCCGGAGAUGCCAUUGCCAGUAGCAGCUCUGCGGCAACUGCCGCCGAAAAUGAAGACGCCAACUAAUAAGAGCCAAAAAGCAGAGCUAAAACUGUCGCUAGUAACAUUUGGUUACGCACUACUCUUAAUGAGCAUUUAAUCGUGUUAUAUAUAUAUAUACAUAAUAGUGUGUCAAUACUUGUAAGGGAUAUGUUUCUAGUAUAGUUUACCUUAUAAGUAAAAUGUAAAAAGUAAGCAAAAUACAUGUUUCUGAUACAUCAUUGUACAUAUAAAAAUUCA